AUGGGGUGUGUGGGAAAUUCAAAGAAGAGCCAGCCAUGCCCUUGGCACAGCAUCCGUUUGCUUCGGGGACUAGUGCCAGGAGCGGUCACAUCCCCAGGAGGCACCGGGACAAGCAGAGCUGAAACCACGCCAACUGGCAGGGCAGCAACCGGCAGCGUCAGCUCCAGUGCAGUCACUCAAGGAAUCGUGAGUCCAGCUGCCAGUGGCACAUACAGAGCUGAAACCAGCACUACAGGAAGAGCAGCAGCUGGGAGCAGCUCUUCCACUGGAACCACACAAGGAGCGGUCACAUCCCCAGGAGGCACCGGGACAAGCAGAGCUGAAACCACGCCAACUGGCAGGGCAGCAACCGGCAGCGUCAGCUCCAGUGCAGUCACUCAAGGAAUCGUGAGUCCAGCUGCCAGUGGCACAUACAGAGCUGAAACCAGCACUACAGGAAGAGCAGCAGCUGGGAGCAGCUCUUCCACUGGAACCACACAAGGAGCGGUCACAUCCCCAGGAGGCACCGGGACAAGCAGAGCUGAAACCACGCCAACUGGCAGGGCAGCAACCGGCAGCGUCAGCUCCAGUGCAGUCACUCAAGGAAUCGUGAGUCCAGCUGCCAGUGGCACAUACAGAGCUGAAACCAGCACUACAGGAAGAGCAGCAGCUGGGAGCAGCUCUUCCACUGGAACCACACAAGAAGCGGUCACAUCCCCAGGAGGCACUGGUACAAGCAGAGCUGAAACCACGCCAACUGGCAGGGCAGCAACCGGCAGCGUCAGCUCCAGUGCAGUCACUCAAGGAUGUCUAGGACCAGCCUCAGUACCAGUGUGUCGUGAUCCAUUCGGUGAAGAAAAAUCUCCUGGAGACAUAUGGAUUAUAAAUUGCCACCAGUGUACCUGUAAUGAUUCAAGGUCUGUAGACUGUAAGCCCAGAACAUGUCCCACUCCACCCACAUGUGCAAAUGGAGAGAAGUUGAUACAACACAAGUCCAAUGAAUCUUGUUGUGAAACUGCAUAUUGUGAGCCAAGAACAUGUUUUCACAACAACACGGAGUAUAAGAUUGGUGCAUCAUUUGAUGAUCUUCAUAACCCAUGUGUGUCCUAUUUCUGUACUCAAGAUGGCUUUGUCACAAAGGUCCAAGAUUGCCCAAAGCAAAGUUGGUGCUCAGAGCUUUAA